AUGCCAGUGAUCGAAAAUUUCAAGGCCUUCAUUCGUCAGGGCCGCGCUGCAAAGGAUAACCAAUACGAGGCUGGACAAGGACAGCAGCAGCAAGGGCAUACCUCCCGCGGGUCGACAUCGUCCCAGGGAGCAGCAGCAGCAGCCUCAAGCUCACAACAUCAUUCUCAGCACCACGGCCACUCUUCCUCCACUCAGCACAGAAACAACAACAUGAGCCACCCUGCGGAAACAACGGGCAGACAGCCCCAUGCUCCCAUCGGGUCCGCCACCACCACCGCCAAUGAUGUGUACCACCACGCUGUCAAUGACAAGUCGGCUUCAGUCGCAGCAAUUUCGCAGGCCAUGGCCUCUGGACAGACCGCCGCUGGCGGACACAGGAGUGGCAACCAGGCGGCUUCAGCAGCAGCAGCAGCGGCCGGCGGCGCGCGUCAAACUGAUGCUCAACAAUACCAGAAGGAGGCAGAGAGAAUCGUAGAGGAAGAGCGGCUGGCAUCAGAGAAGCUGCCUGUGUAUGCUGGCCUCGAGGACCGCUUCACCCUCAUUUGCAAGAUGGGAGAUGGCGCAUUCUCAAAUGUCUACAAGGCAAGGGAUAAGAAGACUGGUCAGAAAGUCGCUAUCAAAGUCGUGCGCAAGUACGAGCUCAACACUUCACAGGACGCCCGCCUGGACCCUCAAUGGAGGAAGAAGAACAGGGUUACAGAGAGAGCGAACAUUCUCAAAGAAGUACAAAUCAUGCGCAACUUCAAGCAUCCCGGUAUUGUGGAACUCUUGGAAUUCUCGGAAUCACGGGAUCAUUACUACCUCAUUCUGGAGCUGCUAGAGGGUGGUGAGCUCUUCCAUCAAAUCGUCAAGCUGACUUACUUCUCCGAGGCUCUUGCUCGUCACGUCAUCCUACAAGUCGCGAACGGUAUUCGCUAUCUACACGAGGAGCGUGGAGUAAUUCACCGAGAUAUCAAGCCCGAGAACCUUCUGUUCGAGUCCAUCAAGAUCAUUCCAUCCAAGGUCGACAAGGCUCGUCCGUACGACGAGGAGAAGGAGGAUGAGGGAGAGUUCAUGCCCGGCAUCGGAGGUGGUGGUAUCGGUGUCGUCAAAAUUGCCGACUUUGGUCUCAGCAAAGUCGUCUGGGAGGAGUCGACAAUGACGCCCUGUGGUACAGUCGGCUACACAGCGCCGGAGAUUGUCAAGGACGAGCGCUACUCCAAGUCCGUCGACAUGUGGGCGUUGGGCUGUGUCCUCUACACUCUCCUCUGUGGUUUCCCACCCUUCUACGACGAGUCGAUUUCUGUCCUGACAGAAAAGGUGGCAAAGGGAUACUACACCUUCUUGAGCCCCUGGUGGGACGACAUCUCCGGCUCCGCAAAGGACCUCAUCACUCACUUGCUGUGCGUCGACUCCAACCGUCGUUACACCAUUGACGAGUUCCUGGCGCACCCAUGGUGCAACGUCAAGGAUCCCGUGCCGAACCUCGACUCGGCAGACAUUGCUCUUGCACACACUUCGGAGAUGCCUCUGGACUCACCGCUGCUGCAGUCGAUGAAGAAGUCGGCCAACCCACGUUCGUUGAUGUCUCCUGGUAUCAAUCAGCUCAAAGAGGCAUUCGACGUCACGUAUGCUGUGCAUCGUCAAGAGGAGGAGGGAAGGAGGAAGGGCAACGCCAACCUCCACGGUCUCAAUGAGGAGGACGAGGAAGAUGAAGAGGACUACUCGCACGAAGCGUCUCAACCCGCGGCUGGUGCAGCACCUUCGACGAAUAGGGCGGGCGACGCAAUGAGGUAUCGCCAGGAACAGCAACAGCGCACGCAACAGCAGGCUGCCAAUGCCCGCUCCUCGCGCUCUACCCAGCAGCCAGGAGCCGAUCAACAGUACCAGGGCCGUGGUGGAGCAGAUCGCAAGCUUGCCGAAGCAGCCUUGUACGACGGUCGUGCGGGCACGCGCGACCGUGGCUCUACAGCAGGUGGUUCGGGUGGUAGGAGGAAGAACUUCGAGCUCAACAUGGGCAACGCUACUCUCUUGGGUAGGAGGAACAAAGGACCGCAGCCACCCAAUGGAGGUUUCAACCUCAGUGGACUCAACCUCGGAGGACCAGAGGCAGGACAUGCCGUGCCAGGAUCACCGAUGCGGGUGGAUUAA